AAGCCUGAAGCAAUGAAGUCCCCAGGAAGCAGCACUUUGUGCCUCAUGCUCAUUGUGAUUUAUUCGUCCCAAGCUACGAAGAACUUGAAUUUAGAACCUCUUGUUCAUCCUUCGAUGCUCCAUGGAAAAGAACUAGCAGGAGAAGAGCCACCAAGUCAAAGACGAGCAGUUGCCACAAGUAUCCCUGCAGCUGAGGAUUACACUGUGGAUAUUGAGAUCAGUUUUGAAAAUGCGACCUUCCUGGAGCCUGUCAAAGCUUAUUUGAGCAACCUCAAUUUUUCAGACCUGGGAAACAGCACUACCCACGCUAUCAGCAUUGUGAGCAUAGCUGUAACAACAGUAUGCAGACCUGCUGGGAAUGAAGUCUGGUGCUCCUGUGAAACAGGCUAUGGGUGGCCUCGGGAAAGGUGCCUCCACAAUCUCACUUGUCAGGGGCAUGGCAGCUAUGUUGGACGUCAUUGCAAUUGCCUUAAACAGCUGCCACCCAAGGGUCCUUUUUGCCAGCUCCUGAGAGAUGUUACCCUGAGGAUGUCAGUCAGACUCAAUGUGGACUUUCCAGAAGACCUCAAGAACACUUCCUCUGCCCUCUAUAGAUCCUACAAGACUGACUUGGAAAUAGCAUUCUUGAAAGGUUACAGUAUUUUAUCAGGCUUCAAGUCGGUGAUUGUAACAGGGUUCAGGCCUGGAAGUGUAGUUGUGGAUUAUGAAGUCACGGCUAUACCACCAUCACCUGAAUCAAUGCAUAAAGCAAAUGAACAAGUAAUACAGAGCCUCAAUCAAACCUACAAAAUGGACGACAGUUCCUUUCAAGCAGUUACUAGUAAUGAAACUAAAUUUUCUGUCAUACCAGAAGUCAUCUUUGAAGGGGAUACAGUAACUCUCAUGUGUGAAAACGAAGUCUUGUCUUCCAACGUGUCUUGGUAUCAUGUUGAAAGGCGCACUGACAUCCAGAACAGCAGCAGAUUCUCUGUUUACACCUCUGUGCUCAACAACAUGACUUCAAUAUCGCGUCUCACCAUUUAUAAUGCCACACAGAAGAAUGCAGGUGAAUAUGUUUGCAAACUGACAUUAGAUAUUUUUGAAUAUGAGUCCAGGAAAAAAAUAGAUGUUACUCCCAUCAGAAUUUCAGCAAAUAAAGAAAUGAAGGUGAUGUGUGACAAUAAUCCUGUAUCAUUGAAAUGCUGCAGUGAGAAGAAAGCUAAUUGGAGUAACAUAGAAUGGGAGCAAGAGGGAAAAAUCAACAUUCCAGGAAUUGCUGAAACUGACGUAGAGCUCAGUUGCAGCAGAUACACCAUCAAGGCCAAUGGAACCCAGUGCCCAAGUGGGUCGUCUGGAACAAAAGUCAUCUACACAUGUGAAUUUAUCAGCUCCCACGGAGCCAGAGGCAGUGAGAACAUAGAAGUGACUUUCACCUCUGUGGCCAACCUAACAGUAACUCCGGACCCAAUUUCUGUUUCUGAGGGACAAAACUUUUCUAUAACAUGCAUCAGUGAUGUGAGUAACUAUGAUGAGGUGUACUGGAACACUUCUGCUGGAAUUAAAAUAUAUAAAAGAUUUUAUACAACGAGGAGGUAUCAUAAUGGAGCAGAGUCAGUAUUGACAGUCCAGACUUCGACGAGGGAGUGGAAUGGAACCUAUCACUGUAUAUUUAGAUAUAAAAAUUCAUAUAGUGUAGCAACCAAGGAUGUCACUGUUUACCCGCUGCCUCUACAGCCGAACAUCAUGAUUGAUCCCUUGAAAGCUGCAGUUCCAUGCAAAGGUUCCUACAGCUUCAAGUGCUGUAUAGAGGAGGAUGAAGACUACAAAGUUACUUUCCAAAUGGAUUCCUUUUUCUUUCCUGCUGCAAAAGAAGUUAAUGGAAAGCAAGUGUGCUACAAAUACAAGCACAAUUUCAUGGCAAACUCGAACUCCUGGUGUCCAAAAGAUGUUGAGAUGUUCUGUCACUUUACCAAUGCUGCCAAUAACUCAGUCCGGAGCCCAUCGAUGAAGCUUGAUCUGCUACCUGGGGAAAACAUCACAUGCCAGGAUCCCAUCAUAGGUGUGGGGGAGCCUGGGAAAGUCAUCCAGAAGCUAUGCCAAUUCUCAAACAUUCCCAGCAGCCCUAGCAGUCCCAUUGGUGGGAUCAUCACUUACAAAUGUGAAGGCUCCAAGUGGAUGGUGAAGAGGAAUGACUGUAUCUCUGCCCCAAUUAAUAGUCUGCUCCACUUGGCCAAGGCUUUGAUUAAGAGCCCCUCUCAGGAUGAGAAGCUCCCCACAUAUCUCCAUAAUCUAUCUAUUAGCACAGGCAAAGUGGAACAUGAAAUCAGCUCAUCUCCUGGUAAUCUGGGAGCCAUUAUUAGCAUCCUUGAUUUACUUUCAACAGUUCCAUCCCAAGUGAAUUCACAAAUGAUGACGCACGUUCUCUCUACGGUUAAUGUCAUUCUUGGAAUGCCUACCCUGAGUACCUGGAAGAUUUUACAAGAGCAACAGACCAAUGAGAGUUCACGGCUACUGGAUUCAAUGGAGAGGUUUUCCCGAGCAUUACAGUCAGGAGAUAGCACUAUUCUGUCUAUCUCCCACACAAACGUGCAGAUGAGGGGUGUAGUCCUCAAAGCUGGCCACCCAAAAAACUAUGAACAGAGCUUUGUUUUCUCAGACACGGACCUCUGGGGCAACGUGGUCAUUGACAAGUCCCAGCUGGAAAGUUUGCAGCCAGAUUCAUCUAUUGUCACGGUGGCUUUCCCAACUCUCAAAACUAUUCUUGCUCAGGAUGUUCAGGCACAGAAUUUUGCAAAGAGCUUAGUGAUGACAACCACUGUCAGCUACCAUAUAACUAUGCCAUUCAGGAUUUCAAUGACUUUUAAGAAUAACAACCCUUCUGGUGGAGUACCACGAUGUGUCUUCUGGAACUUCAACCUCGCCAAUCACACAGGGGGGUGGGAUAGUGAUGGGUGCUAUGUUAAAGAAGUAUAUGGAGACAGUGUCUCCUGUACCUGUGACCACUUAACGUCAUUCUCUAUCCUCAUGUCUCCUGACUCCCCAGACCCUGGUUCGCUCCUGAAAAUACUACUGGAUAUAAUUUCUUACAUUGGGUUGGGCUUUUCCAUCUUGAGCUUAGCAGCCUGUCUGGUGGUGGAAUCUGUGGUAUGGAAAUCAGUGACUAAGAACCGGACAUCUUAUAUGCGCCACAUCUGCAUAGUGAAUAUUGCUGCCUCACUUCUAGUUGCUGACACCUGGUUCAUUGUGGCUGCUGCCAUCCAUGACCAUCACUAUCCCCUCAAUGAAACUGCCUGUGUAGCUGCCACCUUCUUCAUUCACUUCUUCUACCUCAGCGUCUUCUUUUGGAUGCUGACACUGGGCCUCAUGCUCUUCUAUCGUCUGGUUUUCAUCCUUCAUGACACAAGCAAGUCCAUCCAGAAGGCCAUUGCUUUCUCUCUUGGCUAUGGCUGCCCGCUUGUCAUCUCAGUCAUCACCGUGGGGGCCACCCAGCCACAGGAAGUCUACACAAGGAAGAAUGCCUGUUGGCUCAACUGGGAGGACACCAAGGCCCUGCUGGCUUUCAUCAUCCCAGCACUGAUCAUUGUGGUGGUGAAUGUGACCAUCACAGUUGUGGUCAUCACCAAGAUCCUGAGGCCUUCCAUUGGAGACAAGCCAAGCAAGCAGGAGAAAAGCAGCCUAUUUCAGAUCAGUAAGAGCAUUGGAGUUCUCACGCCACUCUUGGGGCUCACAUGGGGCUUUGGUCUGGCCACUGUGUUCCAGGGUAGCAAUGCUGUGUUCCAUAUCAUCUUUACCCUUCUCAACGCCUUUCAGGGAUUAUUCAUUUUACUGUUUGGAUGUCUCUGGGAUCAGAAGGUCCAGGAAGCUUUGCUGAAUAAGUUUUCACUGUCAAGAUGGUCUUCACAGCACUCAAAGUCAACAUCCUUAGGUUCAUCCACACCCGUGUUUUCUAUGAGUUCUCCAAUAUCAAGAAGAUUUAAUAAUUUGUUUGGUAAAACAGGAACAUACAAUGUUUCCACCCCAGAAACAACCAGCUCAUCUCUGGAAAACUCAUCUAGUGCUUACUCGUUGCUCAACUAA